GGCGCGCACGGCACGGGACUACUUCGGCAUUUGCAUCAAGUGUGGGCUUGGCAUCUACGGAGCCCAGCAGGCGUGCCAGGCAAUGGGGAGUCUUUAUCACACCGACUGCUUCACCUGCGACUCGUGUGGGAGACGACUCCGUGGGAAGGCGUUCUACAACGUGGGCGAGAAAGUGUACUGCCAGGAGGACUUCCUGUACUCCGGGUUCCAGCAGACGGCGGACAAGUGCAGCGUGUGUGGACAUCUCAUCAUGGAGAUGAUCCUGCAGGCCCUGGGCAAGUCCUACCACCCAGGCUGCUUCCGGUGCUCCGUGUGCAAUGAAUGCCUGGACGGGGUUCCCUUCACCGUGGACGUGGAGAACAACAUCUACUGCGUGCGAGACUAUCACACGGUUUUUGCACCAAAAUGCGCCUCCUGUGCCCGUCCUAUCCUCCCUGCACAGGGCUGUGAGACAACCAUCCGUGUGGUGUCCAUGGACAGAGACUACCACGUGGCAUGUUACCACUGUGAGGACUGCGGGCUGCAGCUGAGCGGGGAGGAGGGACGCCGCUGCUACCCCCUGGCGGGCCACCUGCUGUGUCGUCGUUGCCACCUGCGGCGCCUCCAACCUGGGCCUGUUCCCUCACCCACUGUGCACGUCACUGAGCUCUGAGCAGGGGAAAACCCGUCCCAGGGCCGGGGUGGGUGUGGGUGUGGAGGGAGGGCCUGCGUGGGUGGCCCCGGUCAGUGUCGGGGGAGCUCCCUCUAAUCCCACUUUCCCACCGAGCUGCUGUCUGCAGGGGCCGGACCCCCGCGUGGAAGCUUCUAUUUAUUCACCGUCUGUGCCUGCUCAAGUCACUUCCCUGCGGGCCCUGCCUCCCACCCACCCCAUCACCAGCUUUCCACUUGGAGGCCCCCUGCGCCCUGCAGCCUCAGAGUAGGCCGUGGGUCACCAGGCUGGAGAGGGCCCCAGCCCUGGUCAGGGGCGAGAGGUGACCCGGCUGCAUUCCUUGGCGGGAGCUGCUGUCCGUUGUGCAGGGACCUGGGGACACCCCCCGACCCCCCGCAAAGCGCGCUCCCACGCAGGGUGUGGUCUGGAAGGCGGAGCUGGCAGGGACAUGGGUGUUCCUGCAUCUCCUAGCGCAGUGCCUGCUGGUGGGUGGGAGGGUGCCUGGCUUAGGUGGGGUCCCGGGAGGGGGUGAGGAAUGACACCCUUGGGGAGCGGGCCUGCAAAAGGCACUGCCUGUGGCCACGUGGUCACUGUGGGAAUUGGUCCUGGGGACUUUGAUGGGUGUUUGCGGCCCCACUUGCUGCCCUGCUCCCUCUUCCAGGGCUCCUGGCUUGGCGCCCCCCACCCCCCACUCCCCUGCUCAGCCCGGGAAAAUACCCCGUGCGGCUGCAGCCCCGGGUAUUGCUCAGGAGCGACGACGGGGGCGCCCUGGCCGCGCUGCAGGAAAGCCUGUGUUUGCGCGCGGGGCACGGGGUUCCAAGACAAAAGGACAGGAUUUGACUUAAAUUAAGUUUUUCCCUUGAGGAUAUUUUCAUUUUCUUUAAAAGAAUAUAAUUUUCUUCUAAGAUCUUG